UAGUCUGCCGGGAACGGACAGAGGAAGAAGAAGACGACUACCGUUCAUAUGUUACCGAGCUAAACACCGGAACAGUCAGCGGAGAGGAGCCGUUAGCCGGAGCCAAAUAACGGCAGAAAACCCCCGAGGAGUUAGUCUGCUACUCAGACAUGGACCGACACCGGAAACAGCUGGAGGUGGUUUUAAAACCGGAGACGAAGCUGCGAGGAGAAGCUUUACCUUCAGAUGUCCAGAAAGUGAUUGUUGGUGAAGAACAUCAGCAGGAGUGGAGCUCCAGUCUGGACCAGGAGGACACAAAGCACCCCAACAUUAAAGAGGAACAGGAGGAAGUCUGGAUCAGUCAGGAUGAAAAGCAGCUUCAAGGGCUGGAGGAGGCUGAUAUCACCAAGUUCACAUUCACUCCUGUCCCUGUGAAGAGUGAAGAUGAUGAAGAUAUACAUCAGUUCUCAAAGCUUAAUCAAAGACAAACUGAACAGAUGGAAACAGAAGCUGAUGGAGAUGACUGUGGAGGACCAGAACCAGCCAUGAACUCAGAUCCAGAUACACAUUUACAACCAGCUACUGAUGACGAGACUGGAGACUCUUCUGAACCUGAGAUUGAUACCAGUGCUGAAUGGAAAGAGACCGGAGAACCUCCGUCAGGUUUGAACUCUAUGAAUAAUGAUGAAGUCCUUGUCAGUGAUUCAAGAUGUACUACUGGUGAGAACGAGCAUGAGAAAAGAUCUCAAACCGGAAAGAGACCAUUUAGCUGCUCAGUCUGUAAGAAAGCUUUUAAACAGAGUGGACAUUUACAGAAACACAUGAGAACCCACACAGGAGAGAAGCCAUUUAGCUGCUCAGUCUGUCAGAAAGCUUUUACACUGAGCGAAUAUUUACAGGCACACAUGAGAAUCCACACAGGAGAAAAACAGUUUAGCUGCUCGGUCUGUAAGAAAGCUUUUACAGUGAGUGGAAAUUUACGGGCACACAUGAGAAUCCACACAGGAGAGAAACCAUUUAGCUGCCCAUUCUGUGAGAAGGCUUUUACAGAGAGUGGACAUUUACAGGCACACAUGAGAAUCCACACAGGAGAGAAACCAUUUAGCUGCUCCGUCUGUAAGAAAGCUUUUAGAGUGAGUGGAAGUUUACGGAUACACAUGAGGGUCCACACAGGAGAGAGACCAUUUAGCUGCUCCGUCUGUAUGAAAUCUUUUACAGUUAGUGGAAGUUUACAGAAACACAUGAGAACCCACGCAGGAGAGAGGCCAUUUAGUUGCUCACUCUGUAAGAAAGCUUUUACAGAGAGAGGACAUUUACAGCAACACAUGAGAACCCACCUAAGAGAAACCAUUUAGCUGUGUGAAGGGGAGUUCUAGUCUGGAAGGAGAGCAUAGAACCACAGUCAGGUUUAAACACUCUAAAAAUGAAUGAAAUUUCUAAAGGUUAUAUGAGAUGUAAUACUCUGUGGGUCUAUUUAAAAGUCUAAAAUCCAAUAAUUGGAAUUGUAGGCUUUUAACAUGUCUUAAGUAUGAGUUUGAUAGAUCUAAUAAAAAAUGUAUUGGACUAUGAAGUUAAUGUAACUGUUAAUAUCCAUGGAACUCCAAAGAUUACCUUGUCCGUUUUUGCAACUUCAACUGGACUUGUUGGCAAAUGAAACAAACAGCCAAUCCAUGCAACCCCAGCCCUCUCCAAAAUGGCAGCUCUUCUGCUGUCACAAAGAACAGCCACCCAACUCCGUCUCCCUUAAGUGCGAAGUGCUGUGACAACACCAUCCCUAUAAAAGCAACAACGGCUAUUAUUCUUGGCUCUAUCUCUACUCCAGAAGGAGAAGAAACAACUUCAUUGCAUCUCUUAGCAGGGGUCCAGGUCAUCCCUCAGCUAAAGCGUGGCCUACCGAAAGUAGCCCGACACAGAAACUCUACUCUAGCAGAUGAUGCGAGUGCCUGCUUAGAGUAAACCAGUUAGCAUCACCAACAUGGACAAAGUCUACCAGCUAACCUGAAAAAGGAUUGAGAUGCAGCAGAGCAGAGACUGCAUCAUUUGACCUCAGAACCACUGUUCUCCCAGCCUGGCUUUCCCACAAUGAUGGAACUGCCAGCUAACAGAGGAUUUCUUUCUGUGGUAAUGGAACCAACUGGACUAUCAGUAGCAUAGCAACCGCAGCUAAGCAAAGCUGUAAACUGUUUACCUUCUGUUAAUGUACAUGUAUUGAUUUGAUUUAAUGCCAUCCAGACAUAGUGUUUGUUUUAGUCAAGUUAUUGGGUAGCCAAACUGCUAAGUUGAUGUUAGUUUAGGCUUCACACCGACACUCUUGCACAUCCUCUUUCCUAACCUGGUACCUUAACUUACACAGAUUUGACUUUAAACAUCCAGACAUACACACUUUAAUAGUUAGCAAACCCCCCCCCGCCUUACAGCCUUUGAUUUGACUCGGAUAUAGAACACGCAGUGAAGGAGACAAGUCUUCUUUUAAAUGUUCUCUGUCCGGGCCAGGCCAUGUGGCCAUCUUUUAAUCACAUGCUCAGCUCCCCAUGCGGUCACAGCUCGGCCAUCUUGUAUUAAUCCGUACAACUAAAACCACACACACACACACACACAUCCUUUUCGUCCUUUAGCUUAGAUCUUUCCGUUGAGUUAGAUGUAGUUUUUUUUUUACUUUUGCUUUAUUAAUUUUGGGAAUACAUGCUCUGGAAAAUACAUGUUGUCUAUGUAACUUUGAACAAACAGGAAUUUUGCCUCCCUCUCCUGUGACAAGAACUCUGAAAUCUUUCGACUUUUGCUUGUUAUUGGUAUGUCAAUUUUGGUUGUAGUUAAUUAUUAAUUCCAAAUUAAUAGUUCAGUAUAUUUUAUGAGCCUUAGGUCACUUAAUUUACUUUUCUUGAUCUUUUCAAGUUGUUUGUGAACAGAAAAUUGCGUUGUCUGUAUCUCUUAGCGAGUGUGUGGAAAGCGGUCGCACAACAGCUGAAAUGUUGUGUUACGCACGGACGUAGUGUUUAAACUUCACGGAGACAACCAAAUAAAAUAUUGACUUCUUUUGAAAUAAGAUUUUCCAGUUUGUAAGUUUUAAAUUUGUUUUUAUAUAUAUAAAAAAAGCACAAAUGUUGAACAGGUGGUUGCCAAAAGGGGCAACCAGAGGCCACGAAACUAUUGCCAGUUGACUCAAUCUGGUUGCCUAGGGCAACCUUUACAGUCGAGCCCUGACAUUUAACUGCACUUUGCCAUUAAAUACCUGGUUGAUUUUAAUCCAGUAUGUCCAAAUCUUAAUUGUGAAUAAACCACUUCCUCUUUU